GAUGACGUAGUGACAAGGCGCAGAAGACAGGAGCCUCCCCCUUCUUUGGCAGCUGCUCGGCGAAAUAAACAUGACGAUGUUGACAAUGUUUUUCAUGGAAGACUCCUAAAACCCGCUGCGCUCGAUACAACGCGCAGGUUGGACAUUGUAUAUGAGAUUGUGUCUCAACUGGGGACAAACUACAGUUUUAACAAGGGGAAAGAACGCUCGGCGCAGAAAUGCCUCUGCUAUUUCUGGAGAGGUUCCCAUGGCCCAGUCUGCAGACCUACACGGCGUUGACGGUGGUUCUGCUGGCAGGGAGCAUCUUCAGCGCCUAUACCACUGUGACCGAUCCUGGCUUCGGAUCUUUGGAAGCGGAUGAGUCCCCAACGCCCACGGAUAUGGAUCUAGAACAUUUGAAUAAUGAUAUUAGUAACACAGAACUGGCAACCACUGUCUUAUGGUAUCUGGUGACAGACAGCCUCUUUGUAUGGGUGCUAGUGAACACAGUCUGCUGUUUUUUAAUGUUAAUCGCAAAAAUGAUCCAGUAUUUGGUGUUUGGCCCUCUCCGAGUCAGUGAGAAACAGCAUCUCAAGGACAAGUUCUGGAACUUCAUCUUCUACAAGUUUAUAUUCAUUUUUGGCGUGCUGAACGUACAGACAGUGGAGGAGGUGGUUAUGUGGUGUCUGUGGUUCUCAGCACUGGUUUUUCUUCAUCUCAUGGUGCAGCUCUGCAAGGACCGAUUUGAAUAUCUGUCCUUCUCGCCCUCCACUCCCAUGAACAGCCACGUGCGAGUCAUGUGUCUGCUUGUCUCCCUGCUGUUGGACUGCUGCGGUCUAGCAGUGGUCUGUGGUCUGAUGGGGGAAUCUCAUGGAAUGCACACUCUUUCUUUUAUGGCCGCAGAGUGCCUGAUGGUGACUGUUCGCACAGGACACGUCAUCAUGCGCUACUCCAUCCACCUGUGGGACCUAAAGCACCCAGGAACAUGGGAGAGUAAAGGAACUUAUGUCUAUUACACAGACUUUGUCAUGGAGUUGGCAAUGCUCUUUCUAGACCUCAUGCAUCACAUUCAUAUGCUGCUUUUCGGUAACAUCUGGCUGUCCAUGGCAAGCUUGGUCAUCUUCAUGCAGCUGCGAUAUCUCUUCCACGAGGUGCAGCGCCGCAUCCGCAGACACAAAAAUUACCUUCGUGUCAUCAACAACAUGGAGGCCAGAUUUGCGGUUGCCACUGCCGAGGAGCUGGCAGCGAAUGAUGAUGAUUGUGCAAUUUGCUGGGAUGCCAUGGUGACAGCGCGCAAGCUCCCCUGUGGUCAUCUCUUCCACAACUCUUGUUUGCGCUCUUGGCUGGAGCAGGACACGUCGUGCCCCACUUGUCGCAAGUCGCUCAACAUCAACGACGAAGGCGAGCAGGCCAGAGGCCAGCAGCAGGGCACCCGCAUGGUUGACAACGCCGGCCCCGCCGGAGCCGCUGCAGAUCCGAGACCGCACAUCAAUCAGCACAAUCACUUCUUCCACUUUGACGGUCUGCCUGCCUGCACGCACAAAAAUGCGCUUUACACAGUGUGUGAGCUAGUCACUUUAAUCGAGCAUUCUCUCACAGGCUCACGUAUUGCCAGCUGGUUGCCCAGUUUCUCAGUAGAAGUGAUGCACACCACCAACAUCUUGGGGAUUGCUCAGGCUAACAACUCUCAGCUGACAGCUAUGGCCCAUCAGAUCCAGGAGAUGUUCCCUCAGGUCCCCUCCUACCUGGUUAUGCAAGACCUCCAGCUAACCCGCUCUGUAGAGGUCACCACUGACAACAUCCUAGAGGGACGAAUCCAGGUGCCUUUCCCUCCACCUUCACAGGCCAUUGAGCGCGGUGCAUUGCAGGUGAGUCCUGCUCUCGACGAACAGGCGGGACCCAGCGGAACCGCUUCCGUCGCCGCGGAGGGUCCCAGUGAGCCCGACAACACGGAAGCCAGAGGCGGUCGCUUCUCUAAGUCUGCUGAGGAGAGGCAGACAAUGUUAAAGCAACGCAAAGAGGAUCUGAUCCAGCAAGCGCGCAGGAGAUACCUGACCAAAAGUCCAGAGGAGAGGGUUGACGAUAUUCCCAGCCUAGAGGACGAGGAGGAAGACUCUUUCUCACUUUUCGACUCUACAACGCUGAGGCGUCGAUCCACGGCGGCGGCCGCAGAGAGACGCAUGCAACAGGACCCCGAGCCCUGAAAACCAAGCUCCAAAUUUCAGCAUCCACCGCUAAGGCAUGACAUGUUGACAGUGUUUUUAACUCCUCCCCCUCACGAUGUACAUGCAGUACAAUGGGCGGCCACCAUCACUUCUUCUCGAGGCCGGACAAUCGGGACGGGCCUCGACGUCACUCUUCGCAGGUAAGCUACUGGGAGCAUUGUCGAUCCCAAUGCUCUUUGUGUACGUGCCACACAUUGAAAGCAGCAGCUUGAGCAGGCAGGGAGCUACAAUGUAGUCGAGCUGUCGGCAGAGCAAUUUUAAGAGCAUGCGUUGCGUUCAGAGAAACCAAGUCUUUGAAAAGCUCUUUGGUUACUUGUUUUUCCCCUUCCAGAAUUCUUAUGUUCUCUUCCGGAAAACAAAAACAUCUGAUGUACUAGUGUGUUAUUUUAUGGCUUUCAACUGUGAACUGCAGUAAAUGUAGGCAAAAUCCUUUUAUUUUUUUUGUUUGCUUCUUACCCUGAUGUAAGAGAAUGUCACUUUCGUAUUUUUCAGUCUGGACAUGAAUGUUUUAAUGCUGCAAACAGAAGUAUUGAUGUGUCAGGUGUAUCAUUUCCAUCCGUUAUUUAACCAGCAAGGGGAGUAUAAUUAGGUGUGUACAUUUUGGGGGAGUUCUAAUAUCUUCUCUUGUAAGCAACAAAGAAGAAGUAUUGUUUUGUAUAAGUGUGAUGGGUUUCCUUCUUUGAACUACUCUCUCUGUUGAUGAAUUCUUUUCAGAGUAUUUGGCAUCUCAUGUCUGAUUUUAGCAUUUUCAAAUAGGAAAAGGGUGAAUGGAAAUGGUUUGCCUUUUUUAUUCACAUGGGAAGGGGGGGGGGGGGGGGACAUACCAGCAAGCAACAUGAUCACUAUUUUUUUAAUUUGGAGAUGUUUUAUUUUUCAUCGAUUAGUUUUUUUUUUGUUUUUUUUAAAUAACCGUUCGUCUGACGGUUGAUUUGUUUUUGGAAUUGAACAGUGCGCUGUGAAUUGAAUGCUGUGUAUGGCGGACAGCCUCCAGGUUCACCACCCUUGUUUGAAAUGCUGAUAUGGGACGGUUCUUGCUCGCUAUUUGGGGAAGGGUGUUUGGGAUGUGACUUGGAUUAUUGAAACAAGAAGCAUUUGGAUUGUUUUUUUUUUUUUUUAGUCACUUAACUCUUAAUUUCUAACAAAUUUCUGAAUUUAUCAAAGAUUAAAAGACAUGGUUUUGGACUAAAUGUUACCAGUGUAAAUGUGCCUACAAAAUAAGAUGGUUUCAUCAUGGGUCAUCCUGUAAAUUCAUUUUUUUUUUUUUUGUAAAUGAUAUACAGAAUACAUACUCAAUAAAAAGAAACAAGUGGCUGCAGCUUUUUAGCAAAA